AUGAAAGCCGUCCAGAUCCUCGGAGACAUAUCUUCUCCAAAACUCACAACUAACUACUCAAUGGAGAAGCCCAAACCUGUCAAGUCUGAUAUUCUGGUUCGUGUUCACGCCGCUGGAGUCACUGGCGAUGAAAUCAUGUGGCCAGAGACAUAUCGACGUCCAACCCGCAUUCCCGGCCACGACAUAUCCGGCGUCAUCACUGCUUUUGGUCCUGACUACUCUGGUCCUCUACAAAUCGGCCAAGAAGUAUACGCGUUUCUAUCGGCGCACACAGGCGAAGGACAAGCUGACUACGUUGUCUGCACUCCCGAUGACGUCGCCUUGAAGCCAGCCUCACUUUCCCACGCUGAAGCUGCUGCCCUGCCGAUUCCGGUCUUGACAGCGUGGGAGGUUCUAGACUAUGCCGAAAUUCACACUGGAACGAGAAUUUUGGUGACCGGGGCGUCGGGCGCAGUUGGUCAGCAGUUUGUGCAACUUGUCAAACACGUGACUGGUGCCUAUGUGAUUGCACUGGCAUCCCAGACGAACAAGCAUCUAUUGGGCGAUGUACCUGACGAAAUCGUCGACUACAAAACUCCAAACUGGGAGAAGUUAGUGAAAGACGUCGAUGUUGUCUUUGACACGGUAGGUGGGGAGGUUCUGACCAAGACGUGGGAAACGGUCAAAUCUGAUGGCAUGAUCAUUACGAUUGGCGAUCCUGCACCAUCAUGGGCUUUUGGCGGUGAUGAACCCUCCGAGUCGUUGUCCCUACCAGGCGUGAAGUACAAGUAUUUUAUUGUCUCGCCGAACGUGCAUCGUUUGGGAGAGGUAGCAAAGUUGUUUGAUGAGGGAGUGCUGAAGCCACUGGCUGUGAAGACGUAUCCGUUUGAUCAGGCGAUUGAGGCUUGGGAGCAUGCCAGGCAGCGUGGAAAGGGCUACAAGAUCGUUAUUGAGUUUUAG